UAGAGUGAUGUAGUGAUUAAAACUUGUGAAGGUAUUGUUAUACCUGCUGAAAUUCUUGCUUCUUUUCAUUUCUCGGUGGAGAAGGAGCAAAACAGUGCCAGCAGCCUGUAACAAGACAGAUAGUGGUCGAGUAGAACUGUUUUACUUGCGACUUGUGAAUGUACUGGAUGUGUUAGUGUUGUUAUCCUUAUAAUGGGUGGCAACAUUCAAUCUACUCCAUCUACGUACGAACGAAUGACAGAUGGUACACCAGACGACACGACAACCAUGCCGUUCGAUCGCAACACUCACGUGACCGAUGACUAUGGAAAUAACGACGCUGAAAUUCCUCUGUGGGAAGGGAGCAGUGAGGAGUACAUGGACUUACGCGGGGAUCUUCUCCACCGCGGGGGAAGUGGAAGUGGGAGGACGAACAAUGGCAUUGCCUCAUUUAAUUUCCUCACCAACAGUCUGAGUCGUAAAACAGCUUCCAACUCACAAACUACCGGGUCCUCCGGAGACUCGGUCAGAACUCUGGACACUUUGUUCGGAGUGUUCAUGCCCUGUGUGUUGGCCAUGUUCAGUCUGGUCCUCUUUCUCAGAGUGGGAAUCGCCGUGGGCCAGUGUGGAAUUUAUAUCGCUUUAGUCAUUCUGUCUGUCGGGUACCUUCUGGUGCUGAUGACUAGUCUCUCCAUAUGUGCCAUCUCAACCAAUGGCGAAGUGCAGGCAGGGGGCGCCUACUUCAUGAUCAGUCGCACUUUGGGCCCUGAGUUCGGAGGGGCCCUAGGGGUGCUUCUGUUCAUCUCCCAACUACUGUCAUGUGGUACAUACUUGAUGUCCAUGACUGAGGCCAUAGUGGACUCCUUUGGAAGCGAAAGUGGAACCCUGGCGAAUUUUCUGCCAGAGAGCUAUUGGCACCAGCUGCUAUACAGCACGGCCAUGUUGGUGCUGUGUCUGACUGGCUGUGCCUUCGGGGGAGCCCUCUACGCCAAGAGCACCUUCAUCAUCUUCAUCAUUGUGAAUGCAGUGAUAGGAUGUGUCAUCGUCAACUUCUUCAUUGCAGGUGGCAUGGACGUAGCACUGCCCUCGGACAGCAGCGAAUUCUACAACCAGUCAACAGCCAGGUACACUGGAUGGCAUGACCGUACAUAUGACGAGAACAAAGGAGCCCACUACUCGGCCGACUACUCCAAUCACGACACCUAUGACUUCAUACAAGUGUUUGCAAUUGUUUUCAACGGCUGCACCGGAAUCCUAGCCGGGGCUAACCUGUCCGGGGAACUCAAAGACCCCUCCGUCUCCAUUCCUAAGGGAACUCUGUUGGCCCAAUUGUACACUUUCAUUGUAUACGCCAUUAUGUAUAUUCUAGCGGCGUUUACCUGCUCAAAAGAGUUACUCCAAAUGAACUACACGUUCCUGCAGCCUAUCAAUUUCUGGCCUCCCUUAGUCUUUAUUGGAACUAUUUUAGUUACAAUGUCUGCGGCUUUAAGCGCGAUGAUUGGCGGCUCCAGGGUAUUGUAUGCAAUUGCUAAAGAUGAAGUUUUUGGAGUUGUAUCACGGCCUUUCGCCGUGUUUUCUACGAAGAGUGGAAACCCUUAUUUAUGUGUAAUUUUCACCGCAUUUGUAGUCCAACUAGUUCUAUUUAUUGGCAAUGUUAACUUAUUGGCGCCUAUGGUCUCCAUAUUUUUCCUCAUGGUUUAUUUUUUGGUAUAUUUUUCUUGGCACAUAUCAUUUCUCGGAAUGCUCGGAUGUAUAACGAUGAUCUUUCUGAUUUCGCGUGUCUACGCGGCUGUUAAUUUACUCAUUUUGGUCGUACUUAUUGUCUUGAUCUCAAUCAUUGGGCCGUCUACUGGCUGGGGUUCGAUCAGUCAGGGCUUGAGCUUCUACGUCGUGAGGAAGUUUUUGUUACGGUUGGAUCCAAGAAAAGAUCACGUGAAGUUUUGGAGGCCUCAAGUGUUGUUGCUGGUCAAUAACCCGAAGAGCUGCGUUCCUUUGCUUUCCUUUGUGAACGACUUGAAGAAAAGUGGACUCUAUAUCAUUGGCCACGUGUUUCUCGCCAACUGGGAUGCGUUCGAAUGUGACCCUAUCCCGGAUAAGACGAAUCACUGGCUCACUCUGGUUGACUUCCUGCAGCUGAAGGCGUUUGUGGAGAUGACCAUCAGCAGUUCCAUCCGAGAUGGAGUCAUGGCCCUCGCUCGUCUCUCGGGUCUGGGUGGCAUGAAACCGAACACCGUGAUCCUCGGCUUCUACGACUUCAACCUGCCAGUUGACACCCUGAAUAAUCUGCAGAGAAACACCACUCACAUCUCAGCCGAUGCCAGAGCUAGGUUCAUGACUCGCAACACGACUACGUCCAAUUUUUCACGACGCAAGAAGUUCAAACUGCAGAACAUGUUGAACGACCUGCCCGAGGUUCGAAACGAGGACUCUCCUCGAGGUAUGUCUCUGGUGGAGUAUGUGUGCACAGUUGAAGACCUGAUUACGAUGAGCAAGAAUGUGUGUCUCACCAGGAACUUCAAUAGUCUAGACUUCUCGAAGCUACGCCAGAAGAAGAGCAAGGGAGAAGAGAUGUAUGUCGAUGUGUGGCUAGUGGAUUUUUUCCAGCCUGCCUCCAAAUUCAUUACAGAAGUGUCCUCUUUGUUCCUUCUACAGCUAGCAUGUAUACUCAUGAUGAAGGGAAUCUGGAAGAAACACUGCAAGCUGCGCGUCUUCAUCCCCUCCACAGAUGACUCCAGACAACAUAUCGUCACAGCUGUAAAAAAUCUACUCAUUCAACUUCGUAUCUCAGCAGAGGUGGCCAACUUCGAUUGGGAGAGACUGGCCAAUACGCACUUGGCACUAGGAAGCAAAGGAACGCAACAGAUGGACAGCUCAUUGUCCAUGAGCGAAGAGGAGAUGAGAAGUAGUAGCAGUCCGAAGAAAGACAAAUCGCUGCCUAUGUCCUACUUUGAGGAUUUGAAUGACGUCAUCCGACAACACUCACGUCACACCAUCGUCUCUUUCUUCUACCUACCGAAGCCAAACAUCUCCAAGGUCAGACAGCGAAUGGCAAUGCCCGCAAACACGACAGGGGAAGAACACAGCAUAGGGGUCACAGUAAGUGCUAGUGUGGACUGCUCGUCGUCUCAAUUGAAAAAGGAAGAGGUAGAAAAUGAAGUCGUGGCUAGUUGCGAGAGAUACAUGGAACCGCUAGAUGUAUUGACUCAACAUUUACCACCUUCCAUGUUAGUGCAUGGAGUGUCUGCAGUCACAUGUACUAGCUUCUAAAUGCUAGAAAGUUUUCGCCUAGAUUAUCCACUAGAGUAAUUGGAGCAGGAUGAAGACCGCUGAAAACAUUGAAGUUUCCCUACUGUUUAAUUAUUGUGCUAAUUUAUAGGCUGUUUUAUUUUGAUCCUGUAUCCCUAAAAUCCUUUAGUUUAAAUUGUGAAUAUAUUUUUAUGAUA